AUGGGCGACCUCAUCCUGACCGCCAUCGCCCUGGCCUUUGUGCUCGACUGCGACGAGCUCAUCUUCCAGAUGUUCGUGCCGCACCGGGCCCUGGCACUCCAGGCCCGCCUGGAGCCGAUCCCGGUGCCGUCGCUAAGCGCCAAGGUCGGGUCUUGGGCGAUCCCCCUGUCCAGGGCGCUGCUGGUGUCGGCCGCCCUGUUGCUCAUCAGCGAGCUCGUGCUGACCCCCUUCCACGGGCGCCUCAAGCAGGCCAGUUACAUCUUGUGCUCUGGAGACUUGGACUUCGUCUACGCGGAGAACAGCGCCACUGGUCUAGUCCACGUCUCCAGGUCCAAGGGCUUCCAGACAACGAGCGAGGACUGGGCGUACGUCGAGCAGGUGGUGCUGCAGGUGGCGUCGGAGGCGCGCGGCCGGGUGGAGCUGUCCACGGGGCACGGGUGGCAGGUACCCUCGGUGUUGGAGCGUCUCCUCCGUUCUAUGGACGACGACUCUUUUGCAGUGCCGGCCCAGAUCCAGCCAGGGGCAGACACAAUGGCGCAGGCUGUGUUCUCGUCUGCGGCCUUCGGGGAGAUCGUGGAAAUGCAGGGCUGGACGACGGACACCGCCGCGGGAUCCCUUCCCUGCAGCGACCUUGGCGUGGAACAGAGCGGGCAUGCUGCGCUGGCGAGGCUACGACUGAUCACGGGCGACCCCAGCAUCACUGAUUGCCAGGACGUGCCCUGGCAGUAUUGCUCGCAGUGGAACAUGACGCAGCUGCGCGCCUUGUGCCCCGUGAGGUGUAGCUGCAACCGGCCUACUGACGACGGGGCCUUGACAGGUUUUUUUGGUCAUCCGAACUAUGGAUGUCCUGCGCAGUGUACUUCUCUCGUAUCCGCUUACAGCGAGCACGAGUACCUUCGUUUGGGUGCUACUUAUGCAAAUUGGUCGGUCGACUGUGCCGACCACGAGCCAGACCUCUGGAUAGACUCGGACGGCUGCGGCAAUAACGAUUGGGGGACGACGGGUGACAUAUACGGCGAAUAUUGCGAUGAAGACCGGUACGACAGCAACUCCACAUUUGCUUGCACAUCAGGGUUCUACGACGACGAACAGUUCUCGGCACAGCUCAUGUGCUGCGGUUGCGGCGGCGGGACCUCCGUAGAGGUCGGGACCUCCAUAGAGUGCGUCGAAAACCUUACAGACGGUUGCCUGAUGAUGGAUCGCGGUGCAUUCUUCUGGGUUUUGUAUGUCAGAGGUUUGUUUGAGUAUUUGUUGGUGCGCUCGGGCUUCGAAGAGAUGCUCGAAGAGAACAUGAACGAGGAGGCGCUGAAUAUCCCAAAUGAGACACGGCCCGACUUCAUUCAGUACAUCCUCAAUGGUAGCAUGAUGUAUUCCCUCAUGGACCAUAGCUGGGAGUUUAUGCCUGGCUUCGACCACCCGCGGAAUUUGGUAGGCUGCGAGUACCUCACCUCCUGGGAGUUCAAGAUGCUGCUCAGCAUCGACCUCUGCUCCCCCGACCACUUUACUUCCAUCUCGG